AUGACUGUUGUCGCGUUGCUUGGAGCCGGCAUCUUUGCCAAGGAGGAGCACCUCCCUGCCGUCGAGGCCGCCGAAAGCCUAACACUCGGCGCCGUCUACUCACGAUCCAAGGUGUCGGCAGAAGCUUUGGCUGCGGCGGCCACGCAUGGCCCGAAGCCCGACGUCUACUACGACAGCCCGGCCACCACAGGCAAGUCGUUGACGGACCUGCUGGCGCGCGCCGACAUUGGCGCCGUGAUUGUCUGCCUGCCCAUUUUGGUGCAGCCAGCAGUGAUCCGCCAGGCACUGGCCGCCGGCAAGCAUGUUCUGAGCGAGAAGCCCAUUGCCAAGGACGUCGCGGCUGCCAAAGCGUUGAUUGCCAGCCACAGCAAAGCGACGCUACCCCUUUGGGCUGUCGCCGAAAACUUUCGCUUCUUGGAGGUGAUUCAGUACGCCGCGGCGCGCGUCGGCCAGAUGGGCGGCGAGGUCACGACGUUUCACAUGACGAUGAACACGCUGAUUGGCGACGACGACAAAUUCUUUAAUACAGAGUGGCGCAAGGUGCCCGGGUACCAGGGCGGCUUCCUGCUGGACGGCGGUGUGCACUUUAUCGCUGGCCUGCGGCACCUCUUGGGGGCGACUGCUGCGAAACACGACAUUGCCAAGGUGUCCGCCUUUACGACGCUGCUACAACCGAAGCUGGCCCCGGUCGACACAGUGCAGUCCAUCCUGGCGACGGACAAAGGCGCCAUCGGCACGUUCUGUGUGUCCUUUGGGACGGAGUUCAAGUCGGCCUUUGAAAUUGAGGUCGUCACGACGAAGGGUGCUGUGACACUGACGCCCACUGCAGUGACGAGCACAUGGGUGGAGGCUGCGGGCGGUAACAAAAAGGAGGACAAGAAGGAGUUCUCCUUCUCCUCCGGCGUCAAGCCCGAAGUUGUGGCCUUUGGUGCCAGCCUCGCCAAGGGUGCCGUCGACCCGCGCCAGAGCGCCGAGGAGGCAUUGAAGGAUCUUGCUAUUCUGGAGGCUCUGUUGACCUCGGCCGACCAAGGCGGUGCACCGCUGGCAGUGGAGUAG